AUGGAGAAGCUUCAACUACGACGAUCAGCAAUCGAAGGGCGUCUGGGUAACAUUUCCGCCAGAGUCCAAGCCAUGCACAUUGGGACGUCCUGUGUGGAGGAUCUAGACGUUGAAUUGGACAGCCUGCGUGAACUUUGGCAGGACUUCCGAGCAGUUCACAAUGGCAUUCUGGACCAUUGCACGGACGACGAGUCUAUAGACGAGCACGUAGAAUAUGAGACCUCGCUGGAGAAACGGUACAAUCGUACCAAAGCAACGAUCCUGCAGUUCAAGCGUGUCAUCAGUAACCAGAAUCAGGAUUCAGCGAAUGUGGCUACUUCCGAUAUCAGUCAAUUACACCCAGAAACAUCGACAGCGCACGUAGUUCCCGAAAAACAAUUGCCUAAGGGUAUUCAACCCACCUUUUCGGGCGAUUACGACGAAUGGACUUCAUUCUACGAUUUGUUUACAAGUUCCGUCCAUCAAAACGAGCGACUUACCAAAGCACAGAAGCUUGUCUACCUCAAAACGUACACCUCCGGGCGAGCAGCGGCUUUGUUGAAACAUGCUAAGAUUGAGGAUCGAAACUACGAAGGAGCCAUGGAGAUGUUGAGAAAACGAUUCGACCGACAGGACCAAAUUGUCACCCACCACAUUCAAAGAUUUUUGGAAAUUCCUGCGUUAACUGUUGCAUCAGCAAACAAUUUGGCACGUAUGCAUGACACAGCGGACGAUGUACGACGUGCUCUUCAAGCCAUACAGCGAGAAGAACGCGACUGCUGGCUUAUACACUUGUUACUCGCAAAGCUGGACAUCGACACCAGGCAACAAUGGUAUAAUCGAACAUCCACCAUGGAAGCUACACCGACACUGACUGACUUCCUGGCUUACGUGGAACAGCGAGCCUAUACCUUGGAAACCUCUCACGUGUCAUCGGCUAAACCUGUAAUAAGACAACCACCACGCAGCAACAGUUUUGCGGCGACGAGCAGGGCACCCCGACCCACCUGCGCAAUUUGUGGCGGUCCUGAACACAAGCUAUUCUUUUGCGACCGCUUCAAGGCACUAUCCGUGGCCGAUCGCUUUGAAUGUGUCACGCGACUUGGCAGAUGUCAUAACUGCCUUCGUGAGAGACAUGGAAGCAACGACUGCUGCUCCGGCACUUGCAAACGUUGCAGUCAAAACCAUCACACUCUUCUUCAUGAGGAACGGCGAGAUCCAUAUCAACCACAACUUCCCGGUGUAGUUAGUAAACAUCAUUCCUACAACGAUGCGUUUUGUUCGGUUUUUCUGGCUACCGCAGUCGUCAACGUUUUGGACGCCAGGGGGAAUCUUCGUACAGCGAGAGCUCUUCUGGAUUCAGGCUCACAAGCGUGCUUUAUCACAUCCGAUCUGUCCAGAAGGCUAGGAUUGGACAAACGCCACAUUAACCUGCCCCUUAGAGGAGUUUCGGAACUAGCAACCAGAAUCCGCGAAGCAUUGGGCUGGAUAGUAGCAGGAUUCCACGAACACGGAGAUAGAGCGGAACAAAUCUCCUCCAACUUCUGUGCACGAAUAGAGGAUGACAGCGAAAUCAAAAACCUCAACAAAUUGGUGGCCAGCUUCUGGGAGCUGGAAGACUUCAAGACAUCAAAAAUAUUAACCGAGGAGGAGCAGAUAUACUCAGCGCUACAACAAUAUCGGGCAUUGCUGCGCAAGCUGACCAAGAACGUUGAUCAACAGCAGCUGUAUGAGAAUUACAUUGGUGAACUCAUUGCGGCACAACAUAUCAAACAAAUGCCGGCCAUCCCGAGCCCCCGUCCGACCAUCUACCUGCCUCAUAACGCGGUUUUGAAGGAGGAGAGCAGCACAACGAAGCUACGCGUCGUGUUCAACGGUUCACUCAAAUCAUCAAAUGGGGUGACAUUGAACGACCUGCUAAUGACUGGACCCGUAGUCCAAGAUAGCCUAUACAACAUCCUGCUUAACUUUCGUCUGCAUACAAUUGCGCUGGUUGGGGAUAUAGAGAAAAUGUACCUCCAAGUGCCAGUUACCGAUGAAGACAGUAAGCUCAUUCGAAUGCUGUGGCAAGAACCUGGAAGCUCUCUGGAAGAAUACGGAAUGUGCAUUGUGACUUUCGGUUUAUCGUGUGCCUCCUUCUUGGCGACGAGAGCCCUCAAACAACUUGCGGAAGACGACGGCGAACUGUUUCCAUCGGCAACAAGCAGCAUGAACGAUUUUUACGUCGACGAUCUUCUUUCUGGCGCAUCAUCCGCUCAGGAGGCCAUAGAGAAACGUCGACAGUUAAAGGAGUUGAUGAAGCGAGGUGGAUUCACCAUGCGGAAAUGGGCCACCAAAGAUCCGACAGUAGUUGCAGACAUUCCCGUCCCGGAGUAA